CGCGUCCGAUAGCAUGUUAUGUGGGUGAUUUCGUGGACAAGGCGGUCGUGAAUUCUGUCGGAUCUGUCAGGCUCAUUCCCCGAUCAAGCACGGAACCAUAUCGCUGCUCGAAUUCUGUCUCUUGUCCUUUGUCGCAAGGCCUUCCUGCAUCCAUGCUGCUUGCGUAGACGAUUUCUAUCACUCCCUUCUUCCUCACCUGUAUAUAUUUGCACCUGCUCUGGUACGGAUCUCUGGCGGGUACAGAACGACAUUCGCACCUACCUCCUCCGAAUACGCUCCAGCAUCUUUAUUAUACCGAUCCCUACCAAAUCUUCUGUCUUCUUGUUAGCUGAGCUAGUCCCUUUCGCCGCUUUUCAUCCCGUGUAGCAUGACAAGGCACGAACACGAAGGAAAGGACGCAUCGCGUCCGACAACCUCGACCGACUCUGCAAACUAUUUUCAGGCCCCUAUCGACGCGCUCGUGCGUUCUAUGAAAGGAAAAUCGUCUGUAGCUCACCCUGGGGGCGACUUAACGCGCAUAUAUGCUGCCUUUGCGAGCCGUAUCAAGACCUUCGCCACAUCCGCCGGCGCCACCACGGCCUCGACCUCCCCUGCAAUCGAAUACCUGAGGAUAAAAGGCGGCGCGGUUUUGGCCUGCAUCUCACGCGACAUACGUCUCGCUUUCGCAGAGCCCACCCUCGUCAAGCGGCCUCACAGCCCCACUCAUCCUCAGAGUGUAAGUCUACACGCGUCACAAUCUCAAGACGGGAGCAUCGCAGAGGCAGCGCAUUCCUCCGCGAUCUGUCACCACGCUAUGCGGCUAGCUUCUUGUAUCCUCGCUUUUCCCGCCUUGUAUACGACCCUCCUGUCUCAAGGCUUAGACGAAGUAUUUGACUUGUUGCUGGACAUACUGAAUCCCCGGACGCUCAAGACCUUCAAUUCUCAGAAAACGCGAGGCCUUGCCAUCUGGAUUCUGUCAACUCAGCAACUUCCUGCAACCGUGCUCCGAACCAGAGAUAAGAGAGUCAUCGAAGUAAUCGAAGGGAUUCUCAGCGACGCAGAGUCUUCAGAGCAGAUGAAAGGCGACGGCCUCAAAGUGCUCCAUAACGUACUCUGCAGACAUCCUUCGCUGUUUUUCCUCGGCAGCAUACACCUCUUUCCUUUGGUUCUGCUCCAUAUUGUCUCUUCCAGCUCGUCCACCAGGCUCCGCGCAGCAUACGCGCUCGCUGGCUUCACGCAGGCAGCUCUUUGGUCUCGAAGUGACGCAGCUCCAGCGAAGCAUACGAAACCAUCGGCAUCUGCACGCGAAUAUCUGCACCAACAGGUUUCCAAAUUCUCUGAGACACAGUGCGAGUGGUCCAGAGAACAAGCGAUGACUCUCCGUGAUUUUGUUGCUGCCGCAUUACCUGCACAAGACAGAUCAUACUACGCUAAAGACAUUUCCUGGGCGUUCUCUGUCAUGGGCUGCCUGGCCGUGCUCGCCGACGGCUCUUUCUUCUCCACCCCAUCCCUUCUGAAGAUGAUCGUCAGAGCGAUGGAGAGCGUACGCAACCACGACUUUACGCCGCUGCUAUACCUGCAUUCGUUCGUCUGGCGGUGCCUCGUCUGGGCGUAUGGCCGACUGGUGGACGCGACCGAGCUCCAUGCUCCGCAGGAUCCAGCUCGCGUUAAGGAGGACAGCUUCCGGGAAAAAGUGGUUGCAAUAGUCAGUCAGGACGGCAAAUUUGGCGUGCGCUCAGCUCUGGUUUCGGUGUUCCUGAACGAAGCGACGCGCCAGCCAGAGGGCGACGCCGUUACAAAAGCAGUGCUCGUAGUCGAGGAGCUACUCCAGCGCAGCAACUCGCAGCUCGUGAAGGAAGGGAUCGCCCUCUUACGACAGCUGACUAAUGCUGCUACCGACCCAUCGCGUGCGCAGCUCGUCCCACCGUACGAUCUCCAGCAAGUCCUUGUCACUGAGCUACUGGACGGAACAAUGGUGGACAUCGAGCCUGGCAGACUUGCCAGCAUCGUCAGCCGGAUAGGAGGCUUCGAGCCUGCCUCUGCGCGACCGCUAACCGACGUCGAGCUCGAUACUCAUUGGGACCGCAUUCUUGUCGCAUGGCGUCGCGCCAUGGAAAGGGUACUCAAGGGAGGCAUGAAGCCAGGACAUGACCUUUUGGCGACGUGGAAGUCGCUACUGCUGGUGAGAUCAAGGGCACCACAGACAUCCAAGAACUGCGCCGCGGCGCAAGACUCGGUCAUCUCGACCAUCACCAGACUCGCCACGCAAGCCGUACCCAGCGAGGGCUUCGCUCCUGUUCUCUGUACUGCCGUGCAUGAGUUGUGGAAAGUCGUGCAGUCUGUCUGUGAACAGGGCUGGCUCAUUCGCGUCUCCAACGGGCUAUUCGAAGCGCUGCUCGGUAUCGUCGGUGGCAUACUCGGGCUGAAUGACGAGACCGAGGCCGCUCUGGUCGCCCUUUCCACGGACCUUCUUGUUCACGGCUCACCCGAUCUGUGGAGAAAGCUUUCCUCCAGACUCGACAACAGCAAUCUCUGUCUCAGGCUCUGGCAACUCGCCGCAGCGAAGUGGACACACAUCGAUCCAAUAAAACCCUGGGAGGACUCCGUUACAUUCCUGUCGUUCCCUGUCAACCUUUCGUCGGCAUCUGAGGAGACGCUAGCUGAAUGGAAGAAGAUGUUCAAGUUUGUGAUUUCUUCCGCCAAAGCCUCAGGCAUCUCGCCAGACGCGGUUGUCGAAAACUUAAUGAAAGAAACAUCCCAUGACCUUAUACCUCCUGCCUUCAUACCCAUAUUUAUCACUCAUUUAACCCUGAGCGAUGACAACAUUGUAGCGACUACAACCUUGCGACACGUUAACAGCUUCCUCAGUAUAUACCCAUCCCAAGAUAUAUACCCUUCCCUAGACGUUAUCCGCGCGUUGUCCAGUAUAAUCUCCAAUUGCACCUCAUCAAAUGUCGUUUCUGCCCUCAAGAUCCUCUCUGAAGGCCUCUGCGUCUGGAUUGGAGCAGAUUGCAACGCUGUACCGAGUGCAGACUACGAGAAAGUUCUUGUAGGAUUCUACUGCACUAUGCUACGGAGACUGCGCGAGGUCACCAUUCCGGUAAACGAAGUCCUUCGCGACCUUGAAGACCUCCUCUGCCUCCCACUCAUCAACAUCCGCUCCACUACAAACGCGCUUGCGCUGAAGGAGUUCUGCGAGGCCGUCUGGAGACAGAACAGUUCUUGCCCCGUCACGUUUCCAGCGAAACUGUUGCUUCACCUAUCCGCGUUUUAUGACGUGGCAGUGCCUCGUGCCUUUCAUCCCGACUUUCUGCCCGAGCCUUCGCAGUCUGAGUCGCAGCGCCAGCCGCUAUCUCAAGUGAACGACCUGCUCCAGGAUCCCAUGACGUCCAUCGUGCGGAACAGGGUUGAGGAAGUCGACGGUCCAUGCGUGAGAGAGCUAUUUCCUUCGAACGCGAGCGCCGGUCCCGAAAAGGUGCCAGACGAACAAAGGAAAUCGUCAAACGACAAGCAUUCGCACGUUCUCAGUGACUCCUCCAGGAUCAAUGAAGGGGUGGACACGUGCCAUGGUGCGUUAGAAAGGUGCAGCACGCGCCAGGUUUCCCUUGUUUUUGACCAUGCUGCUUUGCGAUCUCAUCGCUCGCCGGAGAAUAUGAGCCCCAAUGAAUCUUCUCCCGUGUCGAAAAAACGGCCUAGGCCUUCUGAAGAGGAAGGAUGGAAUCAGAAGAAGAGACAACGGAUUGUGGACCCUGCUACAUCGAAGUACUUACUCGGCGACACAGCAACCCGUGGGGACAGUAGUUCCACAGGCCACAGCUAUAGUGGCACGAAGAAGUCGGAAGACGCGGAGCUCCAAACAGGCUCUGGCCUGGUUUGUUACUCGAUGUCGCCUGAGGUACCCUAUCCUGAGCAGACCGCCCUUCCAUCUCCUCCAUGUACUGCGGAAGCGGCUGAGUUAGAGUAUCAAAGCGUCUCCCAGGGCGGAGUCACGGAGAGCAGUCUCGGUUCUUCUCCACCGUGCUUGUCCCAGCCGCUGCAUACCCUUCAGCAGGCAUACUACGCUAUAGUGGCGAAUACGGACAUGUCCGUUGGGGACACGCUCGCCGCACAGCAGAUCGCGGCCGCGAUGCAAACUGUGUUAGCAGCUCGUCUCAAGCAGAAGCUAGCUAGAAAAGAUAUCUAAUCUGAAUGUAACGAUAUGACGUGAGUCUCGGGUCGACUUAAAACCGA